CAGGACUUGGCUCAAGAACUCAAAUCCUUCCUGACGGGUUUGGACCCCACCCAGGGCACCCAACUGUCCCCCCCGGCCCACGCCCGUUGCGCCCUCCUCCUCCUCCGCUCCCUCCCCCCUGCCCGCCACGCCGCCCUCCACCAUCUCCGCUCCGUCUUCGACGACCAAGUCUCAUCUCAUCUCCUCAACCGGGAGAACCCACCUGGGAUGAUCCCUGGGACCUUCCCUCGAGGUGGGAUGGGAUCUGAGGAGAUCGUCCAAGAAACCGAACGGCUUUUGACUGAAUUCCUUCAAACCAACCCCAAAUUUUGGGCUCCUUUGGUAUCUUCAUGGUCCAUCGACCUCAUGGGCCAACUGAGCAGUAAAUACGCUGGACGUCACGGCGUUCCUCACUCAUCCAACCUCAACGAGCUCCUUCAACUUUGGAUGUCUUGUAAAGCCACCAGGACCUUGAUGGACAUCUACACCCGUUGUUUGGCCUCCAUGGUUGGGGGUUGUCCUGAUUCUUGCGUCGACGCUUUGUUGGACACGUCUCUUCAACACUCGCCUCAUUUCGAUUGGGUGGUGGCUCAUAUUGGGUCUUCUUUCCCCAACACCAUCAUCAACCGCGUCCUCUCUUGUGGGUUUAAAGACUUUGGAGCUCAUGGCCCAUCAUCUAAAGAUUUUGGUGCUCAUGGCCCAUCAUCUAAAGACUUUGGGCCACCAACUAAAGACUUUGGUGGCCAUGGCCCAUCAUCUAAAGACUUCCCUGGUUCUGGUUCAUCAACUGAUUUAAUUUUCCCCGACAAACGAGCUCCUAAAAUCGCUUCGGUGGUUGGGAUCUUGGGUCAUUUAUCUUCUCGUCACUCCACCAGCAUCAAACAAGAACUUCUCCGCAUGUUCCAUGAAAGUUUAGGUCCUACCAGAGACCAUCACCAAAAAGCCACCGUCCCUUUCCUCCUCCAAUUAGCCCUCAUGUCUCCUUCGUUACUCGGCACCAUCUCCACCGAAUUAAUCGAUUCCCUCAAACCCAACGUUCUCAACCAACUCCACCAACAUUUCCUCACCCUCCCACGAGAAGAUCUGGAGAACAUGCUCACCAUCCUCGUCCAUCUCAUUUCACAAACAUCCACCGGUGCUUAUCGAAUCCUUCAAUUCUUGGUCAACACGGCCAUGCCGGCGUCGGUCAUCACCCAACCGGGGUUGAGUCUUCACGACGGCGUCCGCGACGCUUGCGAUCGGAUCAUCCAACUUCUUCUCCUCAACUUACAACAAUUAGUUUAUCACCGGCCAACGUCUCAUUUCUCCGAGACCUUCUCACGUCCUGUCCCAUUUUUGGACUCUUUGAGAUCUCACCUCCGGGAACUUUGCGUGGAGACCUUACGGUUGGAACGCAAACGUUGUCUUUGGCAACAUCAACUCUUGAGUCUCUUGGCUCUUUACUCGGCUCCUCAUUGCGCCACCGACGCUCUCUUCUACCUCUUGACUUUGGCCAAGACACCUGAAGAGUUGACUUUGGCCACUCAACUUUACGCCGUCCUUUCUUCUUCCUUGGUGGAUCUUCUCCCAUCCACCGUCAAGACGUGCGUGGCUCAAAUCCACGCCGGUUCGUUACCGGAACCCCAAAUUAGUCAACUUUGUCAUAAUUUAGCGGCCAUCUUGGAAUGGGAAGGUCCUGAAGGAAGUGCCACCAUCAUGGCUGUCCAAUUAACCACCAUCCUCCCUCGUUAUCUCCAUGACUUCGCUCAACUUCUCCUUCACCCCAACUCUGGAGUCGCCGAAGCCGCUUGUCUCUUGUUGUCCGUCUGUCCUUUCCCUCGCGCCGUCCCCCCGGCUCACCUCUUCUCCCUCAUCCGCGCCGCCGUCCACCAGUUCUUCUGGCUCUUACGUCACCCAGAUGCCACCAACCUUUGUCACAGCGACCGCUUGGUGACUCGUCUCAGCGCCGUCUCGCCGGCCGCCGGCAAAACCGUCGUCCAACAGUUGGUAGAAGGAGCUUUACGACCUGGAAACGCUCAACUUUUUGGUGCUACCGUGGAGAAACAUCUCCAUGAAGACGUGGUUGGGUUGGAUGGAUCUACUGGGAACACUGGGAAUACUGGGAAUAGUGGGAAUAACGUCUCUUUGUUGGACAUCAACCGUCGUUUCACCGCCAACGUUCACUUCUCCGGUGGAGUUUGGUCGGUUUUUCACGCCGGGGUGAUCGGAAAAGGUUUGAAACCAACGUGGACAAGAGAAGAACCAACGUGGGAACACUCAACCCGCAACAUCCACCUCUUCCUCGCUCUCCUCCUCCGCUGUUGUCGCCGUCACCACCCCGGUGACCACGACCCAUCUCCAUACCCCCUCACCGACGUCCACCCCGAAGCCGCUAAAGCCGUAGCCGCCGCCUUGGUGGAGAACCUUUGCCCUGAAGCUUCUGGUGGAGAAUUAAUGUGGCCACCUGAAGAUCAAUCGCGUGGAACCGUGGAGAGAGACCUCAAAAUCUGCCGCCGUUUCCGUGACCAUCCCCUUCUCUUCCCUAUUUUAAGGUUGAUCGCCGCCGGCCGACCGGCUCUUUGUUAUUGUUCCGUUCUUCUCCGAGGACUUUUGGGGAGUUUAAUGGCUUUUUGGGAUUCUUGUCGGGAUUUGAAGACGGUGGCUUGGCCGUGGCAUCUCCAAGCUUCGUGUUGGUUGGUGUCUUGCAUGGCUGAAGGUUCUUUGGUGCCACCAGUUCUGGGGAACAUGCAGGAGAUCUUCCCCCACUUGGCACCUUUCGAGGUUCAUUUGCUUUUGUUGAGUCUUUGGGAUUAUUUACGAGAAAAUCAUCCUUUGCCCCAAAAAUUCACCUUC